AUGUUCGGGGGGGACGAUGAGGACGGGGACUUCCUGUCUCCCGCAGGAGGACUCUUCUCCUCCGAGUUCUUUACCGUGGGUGAUGAGGGCCUCGAGGCCUCCAACAUGUCGGCUCCAGGAGAUUCCAGUGAUUACCAGUGGAAGGAGUUCCAGGGGGCCAAAUUGGCCUCCCUGUUUGGACUAGACCAGGAAGGCAGUCAGGGAAACGAGUCCUUCCAGUACACGGCACCGAAGCAGCCGAAAAAGAGUUUCACUUCUGCAGCAGCCACCCAGAAAGCUUCUCUUCCCCCCGGAGCUCCUGCAGUGUUAUUCGCCACAGCAGUCCAGGCCUUCAGAUAUAUUAACGGACAGUAUGUGAAGCAGGGGAAGCUGGGAGCAGCUGUGCUGGGCAACCACUCAACAAAAGAGUACAAGCUGCUUCUGUACUUGAGCCAACAGAAACAAGUGGCGGCAGCCAAGAUUCAUUUGGGCUUUGUUUUCACGGUACAGCCAAACAAUUACUGCACUUUUUAUGAUGAGCAGAGGCAGAACUGGUCCCUGAUGUUUGAAUCGGAGAAAGCUUCAUCAGACUUCUGCAAAGAUGUGUGUUUGGCGAAAGCAAACAGCGUCGUCCCCCUGGAGGCCGUGGUGGUCCAGGAUCUGAGUCUGGGUGAAGGCCAGGCCGUGGAGAAUGGAGACUCUCUGGAGGUGGUGUACACAGGCUGGCUGCUUCAGAACCACACCAUCGGAGAGAUGUUUGACACCAACCAGAACAAGGACAAGUCGCUACGCCUGAAAAUUGGAGCUGGAAAAGUGAUCAAGGGCUGGGAGGAGGGGAUGGUGGGGCUGAAGAAGGCGGGCCGUCGUCUGGUGGUGGUCCCCCCCGACCAGGCCUACGGAGCCAAAGGAGUUCCCAACCGCGUCCCCGCUAACAGCACUUUGAUUUUUGAAGUGGAGCUUCGACGGGUGAAGUUUUCCAAGGACAAUGGGUCUGUUAGUUCCAAUGCCAGCACCAGAGGCUCUGCUGCCCCCUCCCCAGUUCCUUCCCCAGCCCCCAGUGGGGAGAAUGUGGCCCUAGAGCCCCCCCCACAGACCACGGCCUCCGGUCCAGGCAGACCAGGAGAGCCACCACUUCGUGCGAAGUCAAACUCUCUGAGUGAACAGCUGGCAAAUCCAGACGCCACAAAAGCAAAACUGAUCUCUCGCAUGGCGAAGAUGGGCCAGCCUAUGCUGCCCUUUCUGACGGGGGGUGCCAGCCAGCCCGAGUCCAGUGAUUCUGAGCUGGAGGACACCAGUGGCAGCAGAGUGAGGGAGCAGCCUGCUGCUCCGUCUCCACUGCAGAUCUCCGCCUCUGCUCCAGCUGCUGCUCCUGCACUACAUCCUCACACCGCUCCACCUUCUGCCUUACUUCCUUUUAUGAGCACUGCUGCCCCACAGCCCGGACUGACAGGCUGCAGCCAUGCCUUUCAGCCUUACUCUUACACACAGAGCUCUGGGGCUCCAUCCCAGCUGCAGCCUGUGGGCCAGGUGUAUCCUGCACAACCUGUUCCAUACAUGGGCUCCAGUGAUGUCACUUCCUUCUUGAUGACUGAGGCCCGACAACACAACACAGAGAUCCGAUUAUCUGUCGGAAAAGUAGCAGAUAAAGUGGAUCAACUGGCCUCAAAGAUAGAUGACCUUCAAAGGCAUGGAAGUCUUUCUGUCGCUGUUCCUAGUUUGUCUAUGGAAACCUCCAUGAUCAUGCACAACAUCCAAAGAAUAGUCCAGGAAAAUGAAUGUUUAAAAAAAGAAGUCUUUGAUAAAAGCUCUCGUAUUGAGGAGCAGAACCGUAAGAUUGGGGAGCUCAUCAACCAGAACCAGAGGUACAUGGAGCAGAGUCACUUGGUCAUGGAGCAGAGGAACGACUCCCUCAAGUCCUCCAGCGAGCAGAACCAGGCCCGACUGCUGCAGGCGGAGCAGGACAAGCAUGCACUGCCUCAGGACCUGGGCCAGGUGCGUCUGACGGAGGAUCUGACUGCCUCCACGGCCCAGAUGUCUGAGCUGCAGCUGGAAGCCGCAGCUCAGCAGCAGAAGGCGGCGGAGCUGCAGAACAAACUGAUCUCAGCUCUGCAGGACAGCGAGAGGCACUGCCAGCGCAUCGCUGCCAUGGAAACACAGCUGGAAGCUGAAGGAGGGCAGGCAGCAGAGAGGGCCCAGGCUCAGUACCCGCUCAGAGACAGUCAAAGCAAGACGCCAAAGAGACUGGAGCUGAGAGUCACCAACAUGGAGGAGGAAGUGCAGGACCUGAAGACUGAUAAGACAGCCUGGAACGAGUAUGUCCGCUUAGUGUUUGUGUCCACAGGUUCUCUUCAGUCAGAACACAUAGAGAAGAGGCAGAAGUGGCAGGCUGAGCGUCAGCAUCGGGACGAGGAGGUGGAGGAGCUCCGGAAGAGCAGCCAGCUGGAGCAGGACAAUCUGAGAGCUCUGCUGCGCAAGGCCAGGAGCAGCACCGACACCGCUGCAGCAGAGCAGCUGUGUCAGCAGCAGGCGGAGCUGGAGGAGCAGUGGAGGGGGAGGUGUGAGCAGAUGAUGGCCGGUGGCAGAGAGCAGCACAGCAGAGAGCUGGCUGAGGUCUGCGAGCAGAGAGACGCUCUGCAGGACAGGCUCACCCAGCUGCAGGACAAGGUGGACAACACACACUCCAAAAUAUUCAAUCAUUCAGCGGCUGUGAAGCAGUCAAGACAUGUAGAAGAACAGACUUUGCUCCAACACCGCGGGCAGACUGAGGAGCUGCAGGCCCUGCAGGGGAGAGUGAAGCACGUGAUGAACGGAGUGUUUCACUCUCUGAGAGGACAGUUUGACCUCAGUGAGUCUUACAGUGGCCAGGCUGUGCUGGGGGUGAUCGUCACUACUAUCAAGAUCUUCACUGGGACAGAAAAAGAAGGAAGAGGCGGAAGGAAGAGGAAAGUGAUUGAUGUGAAACAGAGACAGGAGACAGUGCAGAAUAUACACGUGAAUGGCGACAGAGAAGUCCAAGAGAAAGAACUUGAAGCCGAAUCAGAUUCUCAGCAAGUGAGUGAGAGCCAGACGGAUGAGGACGUGGCAGCAGAGACGGAGACACUUCCUGAGUCAGAGACAGUAAGCCCGGCCACUGAUCUCAGCCCCCUUUCUACCACUGAUCUCAGCCCCCCUUUCUACCACUGUUCUCAGCCCCCUUUCUACCACUGA